UCCGUCUCUCGUCUCGCUCUUGUCUCUCGCGCGUCCCGAAAGCUUCCUCUCUCCUCCCUCAUCCUCCUCCCCCCAAAAGGCUGUUACUAUUUUCGAGCUGAGCCGGCAAGAAUGACGACCGCAUUCUCAGCAUGACUGAUCCCACAUAUACGGUAUUUGUCCGACUGCCCAUUCUCCGGGGCGAGUUCACAGACCCCCGUCCGGUCACCUGGGAUUCCACCAAGGACGACGUGCUGUGGAACAUCCUAUCCAACGCAGCAAAGACCGAGAUUGACUGUAAGCUGCAGACCAUCCCUUCCCUUGCUGGUCCUCUUGACAGGUAUAGAGGCACUUCCUCGAACUCACCUAUUCCUCCCAGAGCUGCGCAUUUCGACGUGACUGUCGACUUUCUUUUGCAACAAGUAGCGUACCUGACCGAGCGGCACACGGCGCAGCUCCGGGCCCAGGUCCGGAAAGCAACCGCCGCCGCCAAGGGCUCCUCCGCUCCCUCCCCCAACACCGCCGCUGAGCCCCACGGCCACCUGCGGACCGUGUCCGCCCUCUCCAUCCGUCGCGACUCGCCCCUCCCGCGAACCGAUACCAGCACGCCCGCGACCCCGAUCACGAGCUCCCUACGGCCCAACAUCUCCCGCCAUGGCUCUGCCGGCACCAUAACACACAACACUGGCGGCGGCGGCGGCGGCUCGUCAAGCCGUCAGAGCAAGCCCGCGGCCUCGCGUCCAUCCAACGAGACCCAGCGCCGUCGUCUGUCGUCACUGCCGAUCCAGACCACGCCGCGUAGUCCCGAACCGACAUCGCCCGGCGCCGACGAUCUCAGCUCCCCCACGUCCUCGGACGACGAGUCCAGCCCGGCACAGUCGCGCAUCAUCCGCCGCCCUCCCCGCUUCCAGCAACGCGACGGAGCUGGCGAUCUCGAAGACGAAGACGAGGACGCUGAGCCCGCCUUCCUCCAAUACAAGCCCCAGUCGACCAACACAUCGGCGCAGGACUUGGGUUCCACCCUGCGGGGCGACCCUCGGAACGUCCGACGGACACCCAAAGGCAAGGACAAGAUACACCACUCGGAGACGUCGGACUCAUCAACGAGCUCGCCCGCCCUGGUAUCUCGCGGCCCCUCGAUGGGAGAGCGUCGCCCGAUGGGUCCUCUUUCUCCACGGCGUCCGGCCGAGCUGGCCGGCAAAAGUCCGAGCAGGAAGGGGUACUCGCGGGACGGCAGCGACGGGACCCCCAGCAUGGGCAGCAGUUUCAGUGACCUGGACGACGCGUCGGUGACGCAGUCCGCGCUCGAGGAAGCCCUGGCGAGUAAGAUGCAAGACGGCGCCAUUGGGAGCAGGUUCAGCAUCAGUCAAGCGUUUAGAAGCCGCUACAUGCCCAAGCCCGGUCAGCAGUAGCAGCAUUGUGAGAGUGUGUCGGGUUCGUCUCACGGUGGGACAUGGUAUGGUCGGGUCGGGAAGCAUCUUCUGGCGUUUAGGUAAGAUCACGGCAGCGGGUCAAAACUGUCCUUUUUAUGGUUUCGUCGUCUAGGUUGUGAAUUUGGCUAUCGGUUUAGUAGGUAUUGGGAGGUCUAAUACAUUUUUUUUGAAUAUACGGGAGGCUAGAGGUCAAGUAUCAGCGUUACGUACUGAUGGGCCACAUGGUCACCGCGUCAAUACGGCGAUGGCUGGGACACGGUCAGAACAGCAACUUGUAAUGCUAUAGCAUUUGAAUGAGUUCAAAAGCAGUUCAGCCCGGAAACUUGACCACAAACUAUUUACGAAUGGUGCUGAUCCAACUCAGUCGUACAGUAGAUACUCAAAACAGUGUAGAUGUCCAUAUCAGAUCCCUUGGACUCCAAACCUCGUCAAGUCAAGCUCGCUCCAAGAACACUAUGGUGCUGAUUCCCGAGAAAGGGUAAACACGCCCACCUAUCUCCGACCUUCACUCUAUCGAUGUUCAAGCUUCAUGCCUUGCCGCAUUUCGUGGCUCUCGCCUCUCUCGACUUUGACCUUGUCAGCAUGUUCGUCAUGUUCGUUCUGACAACAGCAGAGCGGCGGGGGAGGAUUACCAUCAGCCUCCUCCAUCUUGGGUCCCUCAUACGGGUCCCAGAUCCUCUUCUUCCUUGGCGG